AUGCUGCUGGCAAGAUUUUCACGCCAACAAGGCGGUGCAAGGUUACCUUUGGGAGUGCAACUUCUGAGCUGGCGGCGUGGACUCUCAGGCGUCCAAGCGUUCAUUCAUUUGUCUCCAGCACGAUACCAUGGUGCGACUCACAGGCCUUUAGGGUUGCUACAGAGACCCACACAACUCGAUCUUCGGAAUCCAGUAUCCUCUUCCUUCAUCCGUUAUCACUCUCAGAACUCUCCCAACUCUUCCACACCAUCUUCAUCCAAUGACUCAGGUGGAAAAGCUAACAAUGAAUCGACUGAAGAGAAGAGUAAAACCAACUACAGGGAGAUACUAAGACUCAUUAGAUUAGCACGUCACGAUUGGAAGCUGCUAUCAGUUGCCAUUGGGCUUUUAACCAUCAGCUCAACGGUUGGGAUGACCAUUCCGAAAGUAAUUGGUAUAGUUUUGGAUGCUGUUAAAAAUGCUUCUGGGGGCUUUUCGGGGCCAAUGACGUUAGAAGAUUUGCCUCCAAUCAUAUAUGGCCUUGGGAUGUUUGACUUUCUCGCUAUUUUUGCAGGGAUCUUAGUGUUUGGUACUAUUGCAAAUUUUGGAAGAAUUGUUCUACUAAGGGUACUAGGUGAGAAACUUGUCGCUAGGUUGCGCUCCAAUGUAAUAAAGAAAAUCAUACACCAGGACGCGGAAUUCUUUGAUAGAAAUAAAGUCGGGGAUUUAAUCUCUCGUCUAAGUUCUGACGCAUAUGUCGUGUCACGCUCGAUGACCCAGAACGUAUCUGACGGGUUCAAAGCUAUAAUCUGUGGCGGUGUUGGAAUUGGUAUGAUGAUAAAUAUUUCUGCCUCUCUCACAUCCGCGCUGUUCCUCUUUGCUCCACCAUUGCUAGUUGGAGCUCUAAUCUACGGUAAGAAAAUCAGGAUGAUAUCAAGAGAACUUCAGGAGUCGACUGGUAACCUUACAAAAGUUUCUGAGGAGCAGCUUAGCGGAGUUAAGACUAUCCAAGCAUUCGUUGCUGAAGGCAAAGAGCUUCAUCGUUACAAUAAUGCCAUUAGAAAAGUGUUUUCAUUCGGAAAAAAAGAGGCUUUGACGAAUGCUACAUUCUUCAGCUCCACUGGUAUUCUGGGAGAUCUGAGCUUUUUGAUUGUUCUGGCGUAUGGUUCACAUUUGGUUUUACAAGGCGGCUUGUCAGUCGGUGAUCUUACUGCGUUUAUGCUUUACACAGAGUACACUGGGUCCGCUGUGUUUGGCUUAUCGAACUUCUACUCUGAGCUUAUGAAAGGGGCGGGUGCUGCAUCAAGGCUUUUCGAGAUGACGGAUCACACUUCUCAAAUCAAGCCUAGUAGCGGAAAACCGUAUGUUCCAAGUUGGGGGGAAAUUAAGUUUGAAGAUGUUUCCUUCAGUUAUCCAACUAGGCCUGGAAACCAGAUUUUCAACAAACUAAAUUUCACAAUAGAACCUGGCUCCAAUGUGUGUGUUGUGGGUCCCUCUGGAAGGGGAAAGUCGACAAUAGCUUCUUUGUUGCUCAGGUAUUACGACCCAAAUAGCGGUCGCAUAAUGAUUGAUGGGCAAAACAUCUCAAAAUUGAGCUGUAAAUCUUUAAGGCGCCAUUUAGGUGUUGUUCAGCAAGAGCCUAUGUUGAUGUCAGGUAGUAUAAGAUACAACCUAACUUAUGGUAUGAAUUCUGAGGUGACAAUGGAUGAAAUAAGGUCUGUCGCAAAAAAGUGUUUUUGCCACGGAUUUAUCACCAAGUUUCCAGAGGGCUAUGAAACUGUGAUAGGCCCAAGGGGUGCGUCGCUAAGCGGUGGCCAAAAACAGCGGAUAGCGAUAGCUCGAGCGCUAAUAAAAAAACCAAAAAUCUUGAUUCUAGACGAAGCAACAUCUGCCCUAGAUGUUGAAAGUGAAGGAGCUAUUAAUUAUACCCUGGGAAGACUUAUGAGAAGCCGCGAGUUGACUAUUAUAAGUAUAGCACACCGUUUAAGCACAAUCAGAAGGUCCGAAAACGUUAUUGUGCUAGGAAACGACGGGUCUGUUGUUGAAAUGGGUAAAUUUAAGGAGCUUUACGCGAAUGACCAGAGUGAGCUUUUUAAGCUACUAAAUGAUAAGAAACCGACCCAGCUACAGUCACAAAGUCGAAACUCAGUCGAAACGAAAGAAAAUGAAGUGGAUGAUCAAGUGUUGGAGCAGGUUGCCAAUGACUUCAACUUGGACCAGAAGUCUUCCAAGCUUACUCCAUGA